GCUCUGCGGCCUUCCUGGGGCUGUACCUCGUGUUUGGCUACGGUGCUUCGCUGCUCUGCAACCUCAUUGGCUUCGCCUACCCUGCAUACGUCUCCAUCAAAGCCAUCGAGAGCUCCAGCAAGGAGGAUGACACCACGUGGCUGACGUACUGGGUGGUGUAUGGCACCUUCAGCGUAGCUGAGUUCUUCUCUGACAUCUUCCUCUACUGGUUCCCCUUCUACUAUGCUGGGAAGUGCCUGUUCCUGCUGUGGUGCAUGGCCCCCGUGCCCUGGAAUGGGUCGCAGGUGCUCUACCAGAAUGUCAUCCGGCCCUGGUUCCUCAGGCAUCACCAGACCGUGGAUAGUGUGCUGGGCACCCUCAGCACCAAAGCCCUGGACGCAGCCUCCCACAUAGCCAGAGAAG